UCAGUUGACGAAUAUGGAUUUUGGGAACAACAACUACAUUUGCGAUUGCAACUGCCAGUGGAUGGUGAAUGUGCUGGUACCGUUGAUGAACAGAAGUGGCAUCAGUGCUGAUAGCAUGAUCUGCAAAAAGCCGCGCGACCUCAGAGGGAUGUCCUUCGCAAAGCUGCACGAGCUCUCAAAAACCCUCGAGUGUCGUGUGAGUGAGAAGCUUGUAGAAGGUCCUGGCCCUGAUGUAGCCAUGAUAUUGGGCAUCAUGAUUGGUAUUUUGGCUACGUUUCCGCUAGUCUUCGUGACUGUUCUGCUGUGGCGGCGAGGGUUCUUUGCGAGAUGUCGUGGACAGCGGCUACCGAAUAAAUAUUACGACGAAGAGGAGAAUGACGCUUUUUGAUUAAU